AUGAAGCUGCACCCCAUGCGUUUUUUUUCCCAGCAUUCCCCAUUUCGCCGACGCGCUCCGCACCAACGCGCUCAUUCGACAAUUCGCAAGAUGUCUACCCCAACUGCUGCGACGGUGCUGUAUGCGCUGACCGUUUCCAACUCCCCGGUGCGACCUGGACCCGAGGAUGUAUCGGAAAAAUCUCACCAUACAAAGUCCGGGUUUAGAAAUCCAUGGGACUCCCGACGAUUGAAAGGCGACGCGAACUCGCCCGACAUGACACCACCAGCUACCCGCAAGCCCGAAUUCCUUCCUACUCGUGAUACACCAAAGCUUCGUGCAACAUGGCUUGGGCAUGCAUGCUACUACGUUGAGUUCCCUAGCGGGCUCCGAGUGCUGUUCGAUCCUGUGUUUGACGCUCGCUGUGGGCCAUAUUCCUUCGGCCCGAAGCGCUAUACCGAGCCUCCAUGCAAGAUCGAAGAUAUUCCUGUUAUUGAUGCGGUCGUUAUAUCUCACAACCAUUAUGACCACUUAUCCUAUCCUACCGUCAGUAAAAUCGCCAAGCAACACCCCAAUUGCCACUUUUUCGCGCCUCUCGGAAACAAAUCGUGGUUCCAUGACUCCCAUAUCUACAACGUAACAGAAUUGGAUUGGUGGGAUGAGCGAGAAAUUGCAAUGUCACCAGCAGAGACAAAGGCGACAGAGGUUGAGCUGGUGGGAAAUGCUUCAACGGUGGCAGAUAUCAAGGCGCGUAUAAGCUGUAUGCCGUGUCAACACAUCACGGCCCGUGGUCCAUUUGACAAAUGCAAGACACUUUGGGCAUCGUGGGCUAUUGAGUCCGGUGGUAGCAAGGUGUAUUUCGCUGGAGAUUCUGGUUACCGCUCCGUGGACGAAGUACCUAAAGGAGAAGAUGAUUGGGAUCCCAAGUAUAAUUUUCCUAUUUGCCCUGCUUUCAAACAAGUCGGUGAAUUCCGAGGUCCAUUCGAUCUAGGUCUCAUUCCCAUUGGAGCCUACGCUCCUCGCCAUAUCUUCAGUUCUGCCCAUGCUGAUCCUCAUGAUGCCGUGCGAAUGUUCAAGGACACUAAAUGCAAGAAUGCCUUGGCUAUGCACUGGGGAACGUGGGUUCUUACGGAAGAAGAUGUCCUUGAACCCCCAAGAAAGUUGAAGGAGGCAUUGAAGCGUCACGAUAUCCCUGAAAGCGGUGUCUUCGAUGCAUGUGAGAUUGGAGAGAGUCGGGAGUAUUGA